AUGGCAUUCUCUCUAAAAUCUGUGUUCCUAUUUUGCCUUCUUACCACACUUAUUUUCUCUCUCCAAACCUCUGCUAGAGAUGAGGAAUUCUUUAGCAAGCUUACUCGAAACCGAGACGACACCACUACCACCACCACCACUACCGCCACGGCGAACACCAAAAACAAUUACUUGAACAACAAGGAAGAUGCUUUUGUGCCGUUAGAAAAGCUAGAUGAACCAAUUGCACCCACAAUUCCUCAAAGCACCGAAGCUGGUUACGGCCUUUACGGCCACGAUAUCGACCUAGACCCCGCUUCCACCACCACCACCACCACACCAAACACUAAAACCAAUUACUUGAACAACAAGAAAGAUGAUUUUGUACCCUUAGAAAAGCUAGAUGAUCAUGAACAGCCCACAGUUCCUCAAACCACCAAAAAAGGUAACGGUCUUUACGGUCACGAUAUCGACCUAGACCACCCUUCCACCACCACCACCACCACCACACCAAACACCAAAAACAAUUACUUGAACAACAAGGAAGAUGAUUUUGUACCCUUAGAAAAGCAAGAUGAACAACCCACACUUCCUCAAACCAUGAAAACUAGUUACGGCCUUUACGGUCAAGAGGCCGACCUAGACCACCCUUCCACCACCACCACCACCACCGCCACAACAACUUUUUUUUACGAUAUUAACACGGAUGAGGAUCACUACUACAACAAAUAUGAGAACUUAAACAUCUACGACAAGAAAAAGGGCGCGGUUAAACAGCAAGGCAUGAGUGACACAAGGUUCAUGUAUAAUGGAAAGUAUUUCUACGACGUUAAGGCUGAAAAUAACAACAAGAAGUACGUUUCUUACAACACUGAUUACAACAAUAAUGGCUAUUAUGGACCUUAUGGUAACAAAGAGACGAAUUACGAGGAAGUUUACGACAACAAUAACAAGAUGAAUGACAAAGUUUUGGAGCUUACUGUAAUGAUGGUUUUUUAA